CACCAUCUCUUGCUUUGUUUUUUCCGCCACAGACGUAUAAAAUGCUGCCAUUUCACCUUCCCAUGCCUUUACUUCUCCCAUACCCCUCCUUUUUGAAACAAUGUCGAAGAAAUUUGAAGACAAGUUCAACGUCGUCGUCGUCGGUGGUGGAUACGGCGCAGCUGCGGCCCGUCACCUCUCUGCAAAACUAGACGCCUCGAAAUACAACCUCAUUCUCAUCAACUCUCGUCCUUACCGUUUCCACCUACCUGCCUUCAUUCGGCUGGUCGUCUCCGAUGUCGACAACCUCGAAAAGACUGCCAUGGCAGGUUACGAGAAGGUCUUCCACAACAACAACGGUACUUUUAUCGAGGCUUCGGUAACUGGCAUCCAGAAGUCGGAGACUGCUGGUGGUACCGUUAUCCUUGACAAUGGCGAGAAAGUGCCCUUCCGCGUUUUGAUUCUAGCCACUGGGUCAACUUGGAGUGGUCCCCUAGAUUUCCCGAAUACCAAAGAUGACAUCUCCGCUUUCUUAACGAGUGAACGUUCCAGGUUCGAGGAUGCAAAUAGUAUUGUUCUCGCUGGAGGUGGCUCUGUUGGUAUCGAGUUCGCAGGGGAAAUCAAAGACAUCUGGCCCAACAAGAAAGUCACCAUAAUACACGGCGGAAGCAAGUUGUUGAACGACACAUACCCAGACCGAUUCCGGACAAAGAUGGAGAAUGGAAUGAAAUCCCGUGGUGUGGAAAUUGUGUAUAAUGAUUAUCUCGAUGAAGUGCCUAGUCCAGGUGCUGACAGCGUCACCACUCGGAAGGGAAAGACCAUCAAGGCUGAUCUCUUUGUCCCAGCUUGGGGUCCUAAACCCAACACGGAUUUUAUCGCCUCGUCUCUUCCGGGCACCGUUACAGACAAAGGGUUCGUGAAGGUCAGGCCCACGCUGCAGCUCGUUUCUUACCCGGAGAUUUUUGCUCUGGGUGAUAUUCUGGAUUGGAAGGAGCAGAAACAAGCUGCCAAGGCGGAUGCCCAUGCAGCCUUGAUCAGUGCUAAUAUCCUGCGCUACUUCGAUGGCAAACCUUUGAAGGAGUACAAAGGAAGCUACGAACUGAUUCUGAUUACGAACGGAAAGAAUGGUGGUGCCGCGUACUUUGGUGUACUCUGGGGCAUUGUCUUAGGAGACUGGGCUGCGAAAUUGAUUAAGUCCAAAACGUUGCUCAUACCUAUGUUCCAGGCCGCUCAGGGAUUCUUCUAGAGAUGGAGAUUAUGAUAUUCUUCGUUACUUAAAUUAUUGGACUUAGAUAUCACGCACAGGAGUCAUGGCAUAAUGGUAUUUCUUUCUGUCAUUC